AAAGGAUAAGAAAUCAGACAGAGAGAGAGAGAGAGCUCUGGAAAAAUGAGCUGCUCAUUCAACCUCCAUUUUCCCAAAGCUCUACCUCCUCUCUUCUCCUGUUCUCGACGAUGUGGGACUGCUCCUUCUUUCUUCGUUGCUUCCCAACACAAACCAUCAUCUCACACCACCACUCCUUCCCAAAAGGCAUACAGUUCCCUGAAGCCAAAUGAGUCCAUCAGUCUGCAGAAACCAAGUUUGGCUCUACAAAUAGGAGCUCUCCUGGCCUUUGCUGAGCAACCGGCGUUUGCUGUAACUGGGGUGAAUAACGAGCCAGAACUCAGCUGGGUUCUGAUACAAUUGGCGAUUGUUCUCUUUGGGUACUUCAUAGUUAUGCCUCCAAUUAUAUUGAACUGGCUUAGGAUAAGAUGGUACAGAAGAAACCUUCUCGAGCUGUAUGUGCAAUUCAUGUUUGUCUUCAUUUUCUUCCCAGGGGUACUUCUGUGGGCACCAUUUCUAAACUUCAGGAAAUUCCCAAGAGAUCCAUCCUUGAAGUACCCUUGGUCUACGCCUGAAGAUCCUUCAAAGAUUAGAAAUGCAUAUCCGAAGUACCCGUUCGCAAAACCUGAAGAUUAUCCAUGAAACUGUAUUCACGGCACAAAAUAUCUAGUUGGAGAUUUUUGGAUCAAAUUGUAUGUCUACAGUUUUUCUAAAUGGCAAAAAAGUAUACUUUUUCUUCUUGUGAUCAGAGAAUUCAUUGAAUGGGAUACAAGCACAAUUUUUUAUA